CGUUGUUGGAUGCCAAUUCAGUGAUUGGCAGCCGUUCCCGACGAUCUGAAUCAUCUUAUUUAUGCAUUUUUCACCGACCAGGAUCGUCUUCCUCUUCCCGAAGAAUUGAUUACUAAUAAAGCGCCAUGAGUCUCUUCGGCCUCGGAAGGAACCAAAAAACUUUCCGCCCCAAGAAAAGUGCUCCAUCAGGGAGUAAGGGGGCUCAGCUGAAAAAGCAUAUCGAUGCCACUUUAGGGAGUGGAAACCUGAGAGAGGCCGUAAGGUUACCUCCUGGGGAAGAUAUGAAUGAAUGGCUUGCUGUCAAUACUGUAGAUUUCUUCAACCAAGUGAACCUGCUUUAUGGCACCCUCACAGAGUUCUGCACACCUGAGACAUGCCCCAUGAUGUCAGCUGGCCCCAAGUACGAAUACAGAUGGGCGGACGGUGUGCAGAUUAAAAAGCCGAUAGAAGUCUCAGCUCCUAAAUAUGUUGAAUAUUUAAUGGACUGGAUUGAAUCACAGUUAGACGACGAGUCCAUAUUUCCGCAAAAGCUAGGUGCACCAUUUCCUCCAAAUUUCAAGGAUGUUGUGAAAACCAUAUUCAAACGUCUCUUCCGUGUCUAUGCACAUAUAUAUCACUCCCAUUUUCAGAAAAUCGUGAGCCUUCAAUCGGAAGCCCAUCUCAACACCUGUUUCAAGCAUUUUAUACUGUUUACUCAUGAAUUCAACUUGAUCGACAAAAAGGAACUUGCCCCACUUCAAGAGCUCAUAGAAUCGAUCAUCCCUUCUUACUAAACAAAGCACCUUUCUUGGUAACGCCAUAUUUGAUCAACUGACCGUAUAUGUAGAGUAGACAGAAUAAAUUCGUGCUUUUCGAUUUUAUUUUUUUUUGUGCCUGCCCGGUUACAGUUUCCUUUUGCUAUUAGAAUUCCUGCCAUUAUCCUCCUCCACCUAUAUUGUGCUUUAAUUGUUUUUACAUGAGCUUUUAAUGAUGAGAGGUUUCUUGAGUUAAUAUUUUCGCCGAGGAUGAAUAGAAAAAAAAAGCUCUGCCUGGUUUGCCUUUGAGUCGAACAAUCGAUUCUGGGCAGUAAGAGUCGAUCGAUGGACGAGGGGUUUCGGGUGUUUCAGGAUUGAAGGUAAUCCUUGCAAUGCCUGUGUGUUUGUUUUGGCCUGAUUUCUGCUGAGAUGAGAUGUUUGCCAAUCUUUUAGGAUUUGUAUGUUGUCUAGUAUUUAAACGAUGUUUUUUUCUGAAUUUGUGCACCUUCUAUUCUCUUCCUUUUGGUGAUUCUUAUGUCUUUUUAAAAAUGUAAUUUAUUUUUAGUGUAUAUUUAAUUAUUAUCUUUAUUACAGUAUAUAUUAUUUAUUUUAGAUUUGAA